UUUACAUUUCUAACUUUAAAGUAGUUAAAUUGACAAUUUAGUACCAUAAAUUAUUAUAUUACUACGCUGAGCGCGCGCCAAAGCACGCAUCUUCGCAUGCACGAAACGUCGUGGUUCCCAUAGCAACGCACACGCGCGAUCGGUGGGGGCGGGGAAACAUUCUCAUUCGCUUUAAUGCAAAAAAAAGACAAUGCUAAGUUUGCACAUGAAUUUAACAGAGCACCUCAAUGCGGAGAUUGUACUGCACACGAUCACAGAUGUCAACGUGGCAUUGGAUUGGAUCCGAUCCACAUUCCUGUACAUUCGGGCACUCAAAAACCCAAAGCAUUACAAAUUUCCCGCUGGUCUGAGCAAAGAGGACAUUGAGAAGAAACUUCUGCAAGAACUAUGUUUAGAGAGUUUGAACUCACUGGCAACUUUCAAGCUAAUUUGUAUGCAGAAUGGAGAUAUUAAGCCAACAGAUGUUGGCAGAUUGAUGGCUUCCUACUACAUCGCAUUUGAUACCAUAAAGCUGUUUGGCACAUUACAGGGCUCUGAAGCCAUGCAAGACCUGGUGACUCUUAUCUCAAGCUGUCGAGAGUAUAAAGACAUCGCACUCCGCGUUAAUGAAAAGAAAACCCUGAACACAUUGAACAUGGCCAAAAAUCACACAAUACGAUAUCCAAUGUCCGGUAAAAUAAAGACCAUUGAAAUGAAAGUAAACUGUCUCAUUCAAGCUCAGCUGGGAUGUGUACUCGUGCAAGAUUUUGCAUUGAUACAGGACACUGCCAAAAUCUUCAGGACUGGAAUCCGACUUACAAAAUGUCUUGCCGAAUUUUUGCAGCAAAAGGAUAAGCAGAAUAAUUUCCAGGCCGUGGUGAAUGCAGUCCACCUCGCUAAAUGUUUUCGUGCAAAGCUUUGGGAAAAUUCACCUUCCGUUUUUAAACAACUUGAAAAAAUCGGCUUCUCAAUGUCCAGCGCACUGGUCAACGCUGGAUUGACAUCUUUUGAGAAAAUUGAAAACACUCAUGGACGGGAAAUUGAGUUGAUAGUGAACAGACACCCUCCAUUUGGGAACCAGAUAAAAGAAGCUGUGCAGCGUCUGCCCAAGUACGAAGUCAGAGUGGAGCAGGGUAACAAGUACUACAAAGGUGUGGCUGAGGUGAUAAUUACAGUGAUACUAAAGAACUGUGCGGACCUGCAGUCCCACCGCACAGCUCCGGACAACCACUGCUGCACGCUACUACUGGGCAACGCCGACAACAACCUCGUCUAUCGGAAAAUCAUCACAGAUUACAUGCUGCUGAAAACAGGGAGUUGGAUGAAAAAGGUUGAAGUUGUUUGGCCGGAAAAAAGUGACGAGCUCAACAUUUACCUCCUCAGCUCUACAUAUGUUGGUAUGGACAUCCAUCAGAACUUCACACCAUCCUACUCUAGCCCACGCACCUCUGGGUUCUACGGCAAUGAGAGGCAUCAGCAGGCCCAAUCCCUGCAUGCUACUACCUGCGAGAAACCAAAGACGUUUGUCACAGCAGCAAUACAAGCAGCCGGCAAUGGUUACUCUGCUGGCUCGGAUGGUUCCAAAAGAAGCUGUCUUCAUAAGUGUAAGAAUAAACAAAUGUGUGGACACGAGUGCUGUGAGUACCUUCAUUACAAUUGCUAG